AUGUCUUCCAAAAGCACCAUCACGUCACGCCUUGAGUGGCAUGCGGCGCUCGACACCACGAAGGCCCCCAAGACUACAGAGAAGACGAAGUUCCAUCGCAAGAGUUCCAUCAUCGCGACCAUCGGUCCUAAAACUAACAAUGUCGAAAAAUUGACUGAACUGAUCAAGGCCGGCGUGAACGUCGUGCGCAUGAACUUCUCGCACGGGUCCUAUGAAUACCACCAAAGCGUGGUUGACAACACUCGCAAAGCCGUGGCUGGCAUGCAAAGCCCCCGCCCGGUCGCGAUAGCAUUGGACACGAAAGGACCGGAGAUCCGGACGGGACUGAUGAAGGAUGACAAGGACAUACCUAUCCCUGCCGGUCAUGAAUUCAUCGUGUCUGUUGACCCCAAGUAUGCCGAAGCCGGGGAUGAGAAGACGAUAUUUGUGGACUACACCAACAUGCCAAAAGUCACUGCCCCUGGCAAGCUGAUUUACGUCGAUGACGGAAUCCUUUCUCUUCUCGUGCUUUCCAUUGACGGGAGCAACAUCCAUGUCCGCUCGCUGAAUAGCGGAACUCUGUCUUCGCGCAAGGGUGUUAACCUACCCCAAACUGAGGUCGACCUUCCCGCUCUCUCUGAGAAGGACAAGAAGGACCUUCAGUUUGGUGUCAAGAACAACGUCGACAUGAUUUUCGCGUCAUUCAUCCGCCGUGCGGACGACGUCAAGGAUAUCCGUAAGGUUCUCGGUCCUGACGGCGCGAACAUCAAGAUCAUUGUCAAGAUCGAGAACGAGCAAGGCGUCCAGAACUUCGACGAGAUUCUUGCCGAGACCGACGGUGUCAUGGUCGCACGUGGUGACCUCGGUAUCGAAAUUCCUGCCAGUCAAGUUUUCCUAGCGCAGAAGAUGAUGAUCGCCAAGUGCAACAUGGCUGGCAAGCCCGUCAUCGUCGCUACCCAGAUGCUUGAAUCUAUGACCUAUAACCCCCGUCCCACUCGUGCGGAAGUCAGUGACGUUGCGAACGCAGUUAUGGACGGCGCGGACUGCGUCAUGCUUUCGGGAGAAACCGCGAAGGGCUCGUAUCCCAUUCAAGCAGUCUUGAUGAUGGCUGAGUGCUGUUUACUGGCUGAGUCCGCUGUCUGCUAUCCUCCUCUCUAUGAUGAGCUCAGGAACACCACUCUCAUGCCGACGGAGACGACUGAGACUAUCGGUCUUGCUGCCGUGGCUGCUGCGCACGAGCAAGGCGCCGGUGCAAUCGUUGUUCUGUCCACAAGUGGGAACACUGCUCGCCUGAUUUCCAAGUACCGGCCCAAGUGCCCUAUCAUCGUUGUCACUCGCAACCAGCAGACAUCUCGUCAACUUCACCUCCACCGCGGUUGUUAUCCCGUCUGGUACCCUGAGCCUCGCAAUGUGCAGCCUCACCAAUGGCAGACCGAUGUUGACAAUCGCAUCCGGUUUGGUCUCCGCAGCGCUCUCGGCCUCAACAUCUUGAAGCCGGGAUCGACGAUCAUUGCUGUUCAAGGCUGGAAGGGUGGCUUGGGUCACACCAACACUUUGCGCAUCCUGUCCGUCCCCACGGACCAAGCUGACCUGGAGAUGCAACCUCUUGGCGCCUGA